GCGUUCCAUUCGCCCAGCGGUGGGCGGCUUCCACAGCUGGUUUAGGGCCCCGAACAUUGGGGCCCCUUGUCAGGAGGAGGCAUCCUCCAGGCUGGGGAGAAGCCGCUGCCACCUCGGGCGGCCGACGCGGUCCCCUGGGACAGUGCACUUCCUGGCCUCGGUUCCCGGCCGAGUUCUGUCUCUGGGGUUCAGGCCCGGCUCCCCUUCCUGGUCUCUCUUCUCUCGCUGGGCCGGUUUAUCAGGAGAAGAUUGUUUUCCAGGGCUAGAAAUUGGACUUCUGAUGAUGUUUGACCCAGCGGCAGCAGUAGCAGGCAACGUGAUUUCAAAGCUGGGCUCAGCUUUUGUUUCUUCCCUCUUGUAAUCACAAAACCCAUUUUGGACCAGGAAUUCCAAUCAUGUCUGUGAUGGUGGUGAGAAAGAAGGUGACACGGAAAUGGGAGAAACUCCCAGGCAGGAACACCUUCUGCUGUGAUGGCCGUGUGAUGAUGGCCCGGCAAAAGGGCAUCUUCUAUUUGACCCUCUUCCUCAUCCUGGGGACGUGUACACUCUUCUUCGCCUUCGAAUGCCGCUACCUGGCUGUCCAGCUGUCUCCUGCCAUCCCUGUGUUUGCUGCCAUGCUCUUCCUUUUCUCCAUGGCUACACUGUUGAGGACCAGCUUCAGUGAUCCUGGAGUGAUCCCUCGGGCCCUACCAGAUGAAGCAGCUUUCAUAGAAAUGGAGAUAGAAGCUACCAAUGGUGCAGUACCCCAAGGCCAGCGACCACCCCCUCGUAUCAAGAAUUUCCAGAUAAACAACCAGAUUGUGAAGCUGAAAUACUGUUAUACAUGCAAGAUCUUCCGGCCUCCCCGGGCCUCUCAUUGCAGCAUCUGUGACAACUGUGUGGAGCGUUUCGACCAUCACUGCCCCUGGGUGGGGAAUUGUGUUGGAAAGAGGAACUACCGCUACUUCUACCUCUUCAUCCUUUCUCUGUCCCUCCUCACGAUCUAUGUCUUUGCCUUCAACAUCGUCUACGUGGCCCUCAAAUCCUUGAAAAUUGGCUUCCUGGAGACAUUGAAAGAAACUCCUGGAACUGUUCUAGAAGUACUCAUUUGCUUCUUCACACUCUGGUCUGUCGUGGGACUGACUGGAUUCCACACUUUCCUUGUGGCUCUCAACCAGACAACCAAUGAAGAUAUCAAAGGCUCAUGGACAGGGAAGAAUCGUGUCCAGAAUCCCUAUAGCCAUGGCAAUAUUGUGAAGAACUGCUGUGAAGUGCUGUGUGGCCCCUUGCCCCCCAGUGUGCUGGAUCGAAGGGGUAUUUUGCCACUGGAGGAAAGUGGAAGUCGACCUCCCAGUACUCAAGAGGCCAGUACCAGCCUCUUGCCUCAGAGCCCAGCUCCAACAGACCAUCUAAGCUCCGAUGAGAUGCCGGAGGACACCAGCACUCCUGAAGAGAUGCCACCCCCAGAGCCCCCAGAGCCCUCACAGGAGGCCACUGAAGCUGAGAAGUAGCCUAUCUAUGGAAGAGACUUUUGUUGUGUAUGAUUAGGGCUGUGAGAGAUUUAAUGGGAGAAGAUAACCUGAGACAGAGAGCAAGUAAGCUGUUCCUAUUACUGUUUUUCUUUGGUCUUUAUUCACCCAGUUGUAAACUGGCAUUUUCUUGCUGCAAGCUUUUUUUACUUUCUGGACUCCAAGCAGUUGCAGAAGAUGUCAGUCACCUCUGGUAACUGGACAAAUGGGUCCCUUGGGCCCUGGCACUGGUUUUCCAUGGCCUCAGCCACAGAGGCUCCUUGGACUCCCCUCUCUUCCCAGAUCCCAGCUCUCCUGCUUGGGGUCACUGGCCCAAUUCUGGGGUAAAGGUUCUUGAGACUGGCUCAAAUCCUCUCAGGCUGCUGCACCUCAUGAGUCCAGGGGCAGUCACAGAGAACUCUGGCCAGGGAAUUCUAACUGGAUUCUUGAGGCCUUCAGAAUGGAGGGGGAUGGAGAGUGGGGUUGGAAGAUUCUCCUGGCUACAAAGUGCCAACAUUGCCAGCAAAUCCUUUCAGCAAUGGGGCAGGCAGUUUCCACUUGUUGUAUUUAUUCGUGCAGCUUCUCCUUUGUCCCCUGUCCACUCUCUAACACCCAAGCCCCACUCUUUUCCAGUGAGAUAUAUGUAAGUAAUUGCAGUAUAGAUAACAAUUCACAUUUCUUGUAGACUACCCAGAAACUUUUUAAUACCUGUGCCGUUCUCCAUAAGAACUUAUGAGAUGCCAACGGCACGGCCCCUCCCACUCUCUGUCUCAUCUCUCCUCCUCUCUCAUUAGCACCCCCCCCUUUUUUUUUUUUUUUUUUUUGCAUAACGCGGGCCUUUCACUGUUGUGGCCUCUCCCGUUGCGGAGCACAGGCUCUGGACGCGCAGGCUCAGCGACCAUGGCUCAUGGGCCCAGCUGCUCCACGGCAUGUGGGAUCUUCCCGGACCGGGGCACGAACCCGUGUCCCCUGCAUCGGCAGGCGGACUCUCGAUCACUGCGCCACCAGGGAAGCCCCUCAUUAGCCCCUUUUAAUUUGUUUUCCUUUUGACUCUUGUUCCCGUUGGGAGCAGGAAUGGCAGUAAUAAAAGUCUGCACUUUGGUGGUUCCUUUUCCUCAGAGGAAGCCCGAGUGCUCACUUAAACACUACCCCCUCAGACUCCCUGUGUGAGGCCUGCAGAGGCCCUGUAUGCACAAAUGGGGAAACUAAGGCACAGAGAGGCUCUCCUCUCCUCUCCCCCUAUGUCCCCUCAAAAAAGAAAAAAAAAAGAAAAAGAAAGGAUAACCAGUACUUCCAUUAGGCCUCGGCUGAGUGAGGAGGGAAAGCCCUGCACUGCUGCCCUCCUGGGGGACCCACUCCAAGGCCUUGGCCCACCGCGGGCUUGGUAACCACACCGGGGACUUCCUCCAGGCCCCGCUCUUCCAGCACUUCCACCGGCAGAGUCCCAGAGCCGCUUCACCCUGGGGGUGGGCUGUGGCCCCCAGUCAGCUCUACUCAGGACCUGCUCUAUUUCAGGGAAGAAGAUUUAUGUAUUAUAUGUGGCUAUAUUUCCUAGAGCACCUGUGUUUUUCUAAGCCAGGGUCCUGUCUGGAUGACUUCCGGGGAGCGGGGGGAGUGUAAACCAGAACUUUUAAUCUAUUUGAAGGCGAUUAAACUGUGUCUAAUGCAAA